GCACAUUCGUCCCGGCGGCGCAGCGGGCCUAGAGAGGCUGGAGGCGCGCGCCUCUCAAUUUCCUCAGUUACCGCAACGGUAUCAGCAGCAAGGAGCCAAACCCGGCCACACCGGGAUGCUCCCCGCCCUCCUCGGCGGCUACCUCACCGCCUCCGCACCACCGCUCCCAACCCCAACCGCGACAGCAACCCCGGCCACACGCCUGCCCCCUGGCCUCAGGCGCUCCACCCGCCUCGUCGCCCGCCGGAGGGCUGGGGAAACUGUACACGCGACGGCAGCAGAAGAGGAGGAGCAGGAGUGGAAGGAGCUCCAGGAGGAGGGGCUCCCGAGGCGGGGGCAGUACGGCCAACAGGAUGACCACGACCGUGACCCCGAGAUCGGAGACAUUAUGGGGGACUACUUCGACGACCCCAAGAAGGCCCAGUCACGCAUGGAGGAGAGGAUAAAGAAGAAGCGACACAAGAUCGUGCAGGCCAAGACCGGCUCCGCCAAUCCCAUGAAGGUCGUCUUCAACAAGUUUGAUUUCUCUAAUUCUUUCAUAUGGUUCGAGUUCUACAAUGCUCUAUUGCCAAAAGAUGUGAAAUUAAUUUGUGAUACUCUGCGGUCGUGGCAUAUAGUUGGACGCCUUGGUGGGUGCAAUUCUAUGAAUAUGCAGUUAUCACAGUUGGAUCUAGAGUGUAAAAGACCAACUUAUGAUGCUCUUGAAGCAGCAAACGCUACUCCGACAUCCUUUUACAACAUUGGCGAUCUUGAGAUUCAAGAUAAUCUAGCACGUGUCUGGGUGGACAUUGGUAUUCAAGAUCCAUUGCUUCUGGAUAUCCUUCUUAACUCCUUAACCACCAUAAAUUCAGAUCAUCUGGGCAUUAAACAAGUUCGAUUUGGUGGGUCGGAGUUUGAGAGCUGGAACGACAGCUUGAAUACUGAAGAAGCUGGAUACAGUGUUCACAAGAUCUAGAAAAUCAGAGUCAUGCGAUUGUACAAGCGGCUACCUUUAUUUUUGACUCAAGUGGGAAUUCAACGAAUCACGAAUCAUGCCUCUGUAUCACACCACUGCCUAACAUGAAAGAUGAUGCCCACUUUUGUACAGAAACUAUGCCUGGAUUUUCUGGUCGCCACUUGAGCGAUUAUUCUACGGGACACCCAAGAACUCGAGCUGGACAUCUGCAAAAUGUUUGCAUGGUUACUCUGUGCUCCACUGCCCCUCCACCUGGAUCUGAUGAUUAAGCAUGGUCGUCGGCCGUACCCUAGCUUUGCAGUCAGCUACAUGUAUUUCUUCCCGUUGGCUGGAGCUUGAUUUCCACCUAUGCAAAUUUAGGUUAUUCACUAGGAAUGGUUAAUUUGGUCUUCAGUUUCUUACUAGAGGCUUGCUUUGGUAACUUAACUUUCGAACGGUCUGUAGGUAUCAUCAAACUUGUAACUUUGGGCAAAACAGGUCGUCCGGACAGCUUGGUGUCACACAUAUAGAAUAAAAUCCAUUUUGUGGCGCAAAUUUGUGUAA